UCAACUUGUCAAGCUCCUGAAGCUCCUGACGCUGACUGCUGAUUUAACAUUGCUUUAUGAUUUUGUAUAUUUAAUAUGCCUGGCUAUCAAUAAAAAUUAAAUAAAUUAUGCAGUUAAUCGGACUAUGUAAAUAGCUAAUAAACUCAAUAAAUGUGAUUGGUUUAUACAGCGAGGAGUUUGACAUCGAAAAUUACCAUGGACGUAGUAUUCAUGAAACCGGUGCAACCUCAUGUGUUCAAAGCAUUGAAGGAUUUAGACAUAGGGAGUUUGACAAAAUGUACAACUGAUGAAAUAAGACCCAUAAUACCAUGCUUGGUUCGCAUGGCCUUGAUAUCACCUUUAGACAUCACUAAAUACUGUGCAGAAGCAAAAAAGGAUAUUCUAACAUUACUCUCUGGUAUAGACCUUGUCAAUUUCAUAGUAUCACUUUUAUCUAUUGAGUUCCAUACAUUAGAAGUUGAUGUAAAGAAAGAACAACAAAUGAGACAGAAAAAUGGUUCACAAUACACAGAAUCUUUCCUUGUGCAAAAUAUUGUGAAUGGCAUUGCCAGUGACUUUGAGCAAUCUGAUUCACCAAGAAGAGUUCGACUGGUUCUUUCAGAGAUACUUCAAAUGCAAGCACAAAUAAUAGAAUACAACCAACACAAAAACACAAGUAUAGAGUGUGCAAUCAAACCAUCUGAGCUAUUUGAUAAUGAUGUCUAUUUGGAGGAGAUCACUGAUGUUAUCUGCAUAAGCCUUGCAGAGCUACCAAAUUUGCUUAAUAUUUGUGAUGUGGUAGAAGUUUUGCUACAUGUUAAUAAAGGCCCAAUCAUAAUAUCAUGGGUGGUUGCUAAUAUGCCUGACACAUUGCAAGAAGUUGUUGAGUCCCUGGUGGCAAACACAGAGAGAGGUGAAGAAGGUGGCAUAAGGGCCAAAACCCUCAGCACACUCUGUGCAGUCUGCCCCUACAUGGCGGCAUCAGUGAGAGCUAGAGCUGCUGCAGCGUCGCGAUUGCCGGCCCUUGUAAUAACCCUCACUCUUACGCACCAUGAAGAUGACCUGGUGUCAUUUAUGUCCGGAUUACUACUUGGAUCCGAUCAAACUACGAGGGCCUGGUUUGCAACAUUUUUACGUAACUCUCAUAAACGAGGCAAAGGGGAUGGCCACGCCGCACUCACCAAAUUACGUCAAGAGCUUUUAAAUAGACUAAAAGAGGCUUCUGCUGGCGUUGACGCCUCUGCGCUAUUAAGACUAUACUGUGCCCUUAGAGGAAUCGCAGGGAUCAAAUUUCAAGAUGACGAAGUGGCAGGUCUCUUAAGGCUCGUCACUCAAAAGCCACCUCCUACCCCAGCUGGAGUUAGAUUUGUGUCUCUGAGUCUAUGUAUGAUCUUGGCUUGCCCUUCUCUAAUGGCCGCAGUUGAACAUGAAAAGAAAGCAAUAGAGUGGGUCCAGUGGCUUGUUAAGGAAGAAGCGUAUUUUGAAAGCAAUUCCGGGGUGACAGCUUCAUUUGGAGAAAUGUUGCUUCUGAUAGCCAUUCACUUCCACUCGGGGCAACUGGCAGCGGUGGGAGAGCUGGUGUGCGCCACACUAGGCAUGCGCGUGCCGGUGCGCCCAAACGGCCUGGCACGCAUCAAGCAGGCGUUCACUCAAGAAAUAUUCACAGAACAGGUUGUAACAGCGCACGCAGUGAAGGUGCCAGUUACCGUAAACCUUAAUAGCAACAUCGCCGGAUACCUACCCGUGCAUUGCAUUCAUCAACUAUUGAAAUCGCGGGCGUUUUCUAAGCACAAAGUACCUAUUAAAAACUGGAUUUAUCGACAGAUCUGCAAUUGCACAGCUCCUUUACAUCCUGUCAUGCCCGCCCUAGUUGAAGUGUAUGUUAAUUCUAUAUUAGUAAUAAACAAUAAAGGCGCCAAUGAGUACGUAAACAAACCUAUAACUGAAGAGGAAAUCCGGAGAGUAUUCAGAAACUCCAUAUUCGGUGCAAAUUUCGAUGCACAGAAGAAAGUUUUUCACGUCAUGGAAGUGGACAACGGAGAAUCAUCAGCAGAAUUUAAUUUGGAAAAGCCGACAUUAGCCUCCCAGUUGCUACUGAUUUACUAUCUGCUCCUUUAUGAAGACGUGAGGCUGUCAAAUACAGCGACACUUCAGGCCAAUGGCAGAAAAGUAAAGAGUUAUUCCGCCGCUUUCCUGUCGGAAUUGCCUAUAAAAUAUUUGCUACACCAAGCACAGAAAGAUCAAAUGAGUUAUGGUGGGCUCUUUAGCCCCCUGCUUAGGUUACUGGCUACGCACUUUCCUCAGUUGUCAUUGGUCGACGACUGGAUGGACGAUCAAGUUUUCGGAGAUUCUUGUAGACACCAAGUAGAUGUUAAUUUAACUGAAUCCUCGAUAAAUGAGGCAUUCCAAAGUAUUGAAGAAAAUCCAUACAAGACUGGAAAGGUUUUAAAAGCAAUGUUAAAUAAAAACCCAAUUGACAUAUGGCCGUUUGCCGAAAUGUUUGUCCGUUAUUUCAAAAGCGUACUUGGAGAUAAAGUACCACGUCACAUUCAAGAAUUAUAUCGAGAGGUAUGGUUACGCUUAAACACUGUGCUACCAAGAUGUCUCUGGAUUAUGACUAUAAAUGCUCUACUUGAUAUUAGUAGCAUUAAAAGCGUUACGAUCACGCAAGAGAAUGUAUUGGUAGAUCCAUUACAGGUAUUACGUUGUGACAUAAGGGUUUUUAGAUGCGGGCCCAUUUUGAAAAUCAUACUCAGAAUUUUAGAAGCGAGUUUAGCUGCUUCCAGGAGUCAACUUAGCAGACACCUACUGGAUAAACCAUUGGUGGAAAAGAGCGGCCAGCUUACGUCAGAAGCCGAAAGGGAGGAGUUGAAAAAUGCAUUAGUUGCUGCUCAAGAGAGUGCUGCACUUCAAAUAUUACUAGAAGCUUGUCUCGAAACAGAAGAAGAUCAAUCGACGCCAGAAUUGAUGUGGUCACUGCGUGAAGUUAGAAGUAUUAUCUGUUCUUUCCUGCACCAAGUCUUUAUUUCGGAACCAUCACUCGCUAAACUUGUUCAUUUCCAAGGAUAUCCCAGAGAACUGUUGCCAGUUACAGUGCAGGGCAUACCUUCUAUGCAUAUUUGUUUGGAUUUCAUCCCAGAACUGCUUAGCCAAGCUUCACUUGAAAAGCAAAUAUUUGCUGUUGACUUGGUGUCCCAUUUGUCCAUUCAAUAUGCGCUACCCAAGGCUAUGUCCAUAGCGCGAUUGUGUAUCAAUACCUUAUCAACACUAUUGUCCGUGCUGCCGAGCGACUUGCGGCUAGAACUCUUCCAACCAGUCCUGAAAUCCCUUGUAAGGAUAUGUACUGCAUUCCCCUCGCUUUUGGAGGAUAUCACAUCAUUAUUGCUGCAGCUUGGACGGAUAUGCGAAUCCCAGGCCUCCCUUGGUCACUGCUGGAAUGACACCCAAAUUCUUGGCGAAGGCGCAUACGUCGCAUCUGAAACGCAACCUAAAAGCAAAGUUCUAGUGGCCGAAGUUCUUUGUAGAGAUAUUAAAGUAACCAUGUCUGAAAUAGUACAAGCGGCCCUUUUAAAUGAUAAGAUGUACUAAAUGAAGUAACUCAUAAAAUAAAAUAUAAGCACUGAA